AUGCAAUCAACAGAAGAAAAUAAAUUCCUAAUUAAUCAAUGUCCAUCCUUUGCCGAAUAUCGUCCAACACCAUGGAUAUUUAAUAGGCAUUUAAUGACAAUACUUGGUGUUCUUUUUCGUCCACUACCACGAAUCGUAUUUGAACGUAUUAUUGUUACAGUCGAUAAUACCGGUGGAACAGUUGCUCUCGAUUGGCAUAUACGUCCUUAUCGUCGUCAACCUAUUCUAGUAAUUCUGCAUGGACUUACAGGUGGCUCUUGUAAUGAAUAUGUUCGUUGGAUGAUUUUAUCUGCUAGUUCAAAACUUGAUUUAUGUUGUGUUGUAGUACAUGCACGUGGAUGUGGUCAAUCAAAAUUAACAUCAUCAAAAUCAUUUUGUGCUGCAAAUACAGAUGAUGUACGCGCCUCAUUGAAAUACAUUCGUUCUACUGUUGGAGAAGAAACUCCGAUCUUCGCUGUUGGCUAUUCGUUAGGUGCUGGUAUUCUAACAAAAUUUCUUGGUGAAGAAAAUAGUCAAUGUUCAUUGCAAGGUGCUAUCGUAUGCUGCGCAAGUUUCGAUAUGCAUUUAACGACGAAAAAUCUAGAACGAUGGUUCAAUCUACGUAUGUACAAUCAACGUUUAACAAAUAAUCUUAUACAACAUUUACGAUUACAUGAAGAACAUUUUUCAAAGUCAGAUUCUCAAGUAAAUCUUAACAAUGCUUAUCAAUCAAAAACAGUCCGUGAUUUUGAUAUACACACUAUUGUACCGCAAUAUGGCUUUCGAAAUGUUGAACAUUAUUAUAGUGUAGCGUCACCAAAUCAAUAUGUAAAAUCUAUUCGUAUACCAACACUUGUUUUGAGCGCCAUUGAUGAUCCAAUAUGUCCUAUCGGUGGUUUACCACAUGACGAUGUUUUACAGAAUCCAUCUAUUAUCGUAAUAAAAACGUUAGAAGGUGGACAUGUUAGUUAUCUUCAAGGUUGGUGGCCAACAUCAUUUUCAUAUGAUAAUAUUGUUGUAGUUGAUUAUAUUAAAGCGAGACUUAAACAAAUGAAUUAUCAAUGGGAAAAACAAAUUGAUGCAGAAUCAAUAAUUGAUAUUAACAUUCCAAAGCAAUAA